AUGGCAAAAGAUCACAAGAAACGUACAGCUUUAUCGCCUGCUAUCAUUAACGGACAAGAACAUUGCGCGGCUAUGUUACUGGCAAAAGGAGUUGACUUUCUCAAGGGUGAUUCUUCCAACAACACACCUGCACACUAUGCUGCUGCUUACGGUUGGCUAGAAUGUCUAAAGCUUCUGACUAGUGUUGAUCCGAGCUGCCUCAAGCAAGAGAAUGAUUGGAAGCUAACACCACUAUCCAUUGCUUACCUUAAAGGCCAUUAUGGAAUUGUGCAAUGGCUUCUGGACGAGAUGUCCGAAUAUGUGGAUAUUAAUGGGAAGGAUAUGGAAGGUGUGACGCUGUUGUCAUCAUUACUGCGUUAUACUGACGAAGAUGCGCAAAGCGAACUUCUUGAGCAGAUGCAGUACUUACUGUCCAGAGGUGCUGACUGUUCGAUCGCUGAUAGUUUGGGCAACGAUGUAAUGCAUGUUUUCGCUGGAAUCAAUGUUUGGCUACGAGAUCCCAGUGAAGAUUCGGAAAAGGGAAUGUUAGAAAGAAACAAAGCUGUGCGCACUGAUGUGGGUCAAAUCCUGCUACGGCUAAAACAGCAGGAACAAGUUGCUCAAUAA